CAACGCUAUUAUGUCUUAACUUACUAUUUCUCUCAAUGUUACGCUUGUGUUUAUAUAUUUAAUAAAAUCUAGUCAGUCAGGAAUUAUUUUUUCACGUAAAUGUUGGCUAUUAGCUUGACAAUGAAUAAUGCGUGUAAUUGUGACAGAAGGAGGCUAUAGCUAGCUUUUUUUGUUUGCUGUUGCGCUUCAAAAGUUAGGAGACCAUUAAAAUACUUAAUUGUUCGUAUUGAUUGUUUUCAAAAGAUAAUGAUUUUGCAGUCAUGUAGCUUGGGCUACAAUAUGGCUGCUGGACAGAAAUGUCAGACAAGUGUGUUAUUUGCACAACGUUGAGUUGAUUCAUUUUUACACAAAACCAGUUUUACCGUCUUUAAAAGUGAAUCGUACAGAAAGCAACGUGUGGUAUCAUGUAUGAUGAUUCAAUCACAAAGCCAAUACACAACAACGUAAGCGUGAUGUGAUCCGCUUCAUGCGUGUUCACUUUAUGAGCAGUGCGUAGAGUCAAUACAAACACAGCUAGCUACUACUGACAUGUGUGAAGAGCGCAAUGCUACUAAACUUUUCAAGAGAACAUCUAUCACUGGUGAAGCUUACAGAGGAUGAGACGACUUCUUAAAGGAGACUUUGGACUUUGGAUGUGAGAUGUGUGAAUACAGUGGUGCGGCCCUAGCAGAACUUCCAUGUAGCAUGUUGAUGGGCUCCAAGUGAGGGAGUAGUUGGCGGACCCAGUGUCUUAAGUUGAUCAGUGGGUAGAGCCCAUGCAAAAUCAGCUAGCUAAUAACGUGUGAAGAUCAUAAUAGAAGUUACUGUAUGAAGAGUCCAAGGAGUAGUGUACUGUAGAACCCUACAAAGACUCCAGUUAGCAAUAUUUGUAUCAUGUAUUUUAGGUUUGGACCUUUGACAGUGUGUAGAGCCCAUACAAAGCCAGCUAGCGACUAAAGCCCACAAGGCGUAGUAUAAUAUAAAAGAGUCCAAGGAGUAGUAAAAUGUACUUUAAGUUGAGGAAGUGACUUAACUGUUGUUCUUUACACAGGAAGCCAUACAAGCGUUUUGGUGUGUUAUGUCAGAUCCCCAUUUUGUAACCCUUUUUAUUUCUAGUUGAAUCAAUUUGCAAGUAUUUGCCCAGGCAGGUUGGGUGCCUUGCUCAAGGGUACCUGGAGUCAGAAUGCAGAUGAGCAUCUUUUGAAUAACUAAUUGCAGUAGUCACAACAGGACUCAACUUUCCAAAGCCCAAGUCCUAAUAGUUGUCCUCAGUUUUCUUCUUCUUUUUUUUUUAAUUGCACCUUCUUAUGGAAUCACGACUUUCUCAAUUCAAAACUUAUUUUCCGAAAAGGAUGACAUUUUUCUUGUAAUAUUCAAACGUUACUAUUGUAAAAACAUUGCUCUUUGUCAUAAAAUUUAUGUUAAACAUACCAACAACAUAUUAGUAUUAUCAUACUCGUCAUAAAAUUAUUAUAUGGCCUCAUAAAAAUACUACAUUAUGUACCGGUAAUUAAGUUUUUCAUCAUAAUAUACAAAUUCUAUUCCUGUAAAAAGUACGACUUAACUCCCAUGUCAUUUAUUUUUUUCCCUCAAUAUAAAACUGUGUUCAUGUAAAACUACCAAUUUUCUUGUAAAAUUGCAGCUUUUUAAAAAAUAAGACAUUUUUUCCUCAUAAUAUUCUUUAUUCUCAUAAAAUCCUUAUUUUAUUCUCUCAAAAUGUUGUGUUAUUGCAACUUUAUCCUUGCAAAAUUGCAACUUUCUUCUCAUAAAAUACAUUUGACUUAUUUUUUUAAAUACUGAAAUAUUCUUAAAACAAAAAUCAUGAAUGUUUUUCCUCAUAAAACUGCCACUCUUUAUCUUGUAAGAUUACAAUUUUCAUAAAAUUAAUUAAAAAACAUUCAUAAACUAGAGACGCACUCGAAGAGCACAGACCGCCGCCUAGCGCCAUAGUUCCCCCCAUAAUUUGAUACACACCAAAAUAAUAAUACUACAUUUUUUGGAUCAGUCUUUGAUAUUUUGCAGAACCUGUUGGAAACUCGUCCUGUAUUUUUUUUUUCCAAGUACUCUGACCAUAUUUUGUGGAGUUAUAUGCACAAAUGCCGAAAAUGGUCUUAUCUCGCAAUGUUCAAGAAUCCUUUCAAAAAUUCCUGCAUCCAGACGGUGAUCUGGAUCACCCCCAAAAUUUAAUCUGUUCUUCUAUAUCCCAUUUCCGACAAUUCCUGAAAAUUUCAUCCAAAUCCAUUCAGAACUUUUCAAUUUAUUUUGAACACAGAUAAACGUCGGCUGCGCUUGUGCUUUGCAGAGGUAACAAUUCAUAAAAUAAAAAGUUGGGUUUUUUUGCGAUAUUCCAACCAUAAGAAUGUGGCAAUGACAAGUUAUUACCUUUCUCUUCAAUUCAUACAUCUAUGGGCCUUUAUCAAUAGAAAUAUGAUUUCUUUUGUGUGCCUCAGCUGAUGUUUGUUGCCUUUUAGUAAAUUACUGGUCACUAUGACCCGUUCGACUGUCAGAUUAAACCAACACAGGCUGCUUUCGUCCCCAAAAUAUAUCUAAAAAAAAGUUGUGUUCUCGUGCUAUCUUAUCACAGCUGCAGAUUGGUUGUGCUUUGACUGAGUGUGCCAACACGUGACACACACUACUGAAACAACACCACGCUGCCGAUAAAGACUCUGACAUUUGCUUAAAGCGAUCUGAUCGAGGGUAAAUACAUGGCAAAUACACGGUGAUAACUUCUGCUGACUUGACACCUCAGUAGGUACGCCUCUACCACACCUAUAUACGCCAAUAUUUUCACACGUAAUGUAACAUUUUGCCGUAUCUCCAUUUUGGCGUCUGUCAGCUUUGCACAGCCCUUAAGGGAAACCAACAAUAUGCUAUAAUUAUAGGAGUGUGGUUGGUGUGACCAGAUAUGCAUCCAUUUUUGGCUCCAUUGUUGUUUUAUAUGGUAACUCAUUACAGCAGCAAUGGUGCAUGGUGAAUGUCAUGUGUGGCUUCCCCUAUGGGCUGUGUGAAAAAUGUUUUAUUUACGGUAGUGUGAAAAAGUAUUUACCCCCUUCCUGAUUUCUUUUUUUUGCAUGUUUGUCACACUUAAAAUGUUUCAUAUCAUCAAAACAUUGAAAUAUUAGUCAAUGACAACACAACUGAACACAAAAUUCAGUUUUUAAAUGAAUCUUUUUAUGAUUAAAAAGCUAAUAACUGGUUGGGACCCCUUAGCAGCAACAACUGCAAUCAAGUGUUGGCGAUGACUUGCAGUGAGUCUCUUUUUGUGACCUCUUCGAUGAGUUGUCGCUGCACUCUUGAGGUAAUUUUGGUCGGCCAGCCACUCCUGUGAAGGUUCACCUGUUCCAUGUUUUCCACCUGUUCCAUGCUUUAAGCAUUUGUGCAUAAUGGCUCUCACUGUGGUUUGCUGGAGUCCCAAAGGUUCAGAAGUGACUUUAUAACCUUUUCCAGACUGAUAGAUCUCAAUCUCAGUUAAGUUAUGUUUUAACGAGGGGGCAAUCACUUUUUCACCCAGGGCCAUGUAGGUUUGGAUUUUUUUCCUCCCUUAAUAAAAAGUUUCUUUUAAAAACUUGCAUUUUUUUGCUCAGUUGUGUUGUCAUUGACUUAUUUUUUUGAUGAUCUGAAACAUUUAAGCGCGACAAACAUGCAAAAAAAAAAAAAGAAAUCAGGAAGGGGGCAAACACUUUUUCACACCACUGUAUCAUUAGAGGAAUGCUCAAUGACCUAAGGGCACGUAGAUGUCCUGCCCCUGCCCCUGCAGAGAGGUUUUGCUGGAUGGCGGCCAUGUUUUUCAAACAAUCCUGCUCAGAUUUUACACACAUGUGCCUGUCAGUCUCCUAAAGGUGUGUCCCAAAUGUUGUGCUGAUUCAACCAAACACCCUAAAGUUACAGUGUGGUUGAGCGCAUUGAGCUGUGUGAGAAAUUUCAAGUAAAUCCGACUUACCAGGUUUAAUAACAACGCCACCAUGUGGUGUAUACAUCCAUCCAUCCAUCUUCUAUGCCACUUAUCCUCACUGGGGUCGCAGGUAUGCUGGAGCCUAUCCCAGCUGACUUCGGGCGAGAGGCGGGGUACACCCUGGACUGGUCGCCAGCCAAUCGCAGACCAUGUGGUGUACUUUGUCAGAAAAAUAAUAGCACUGGCAACACAGUAGAGGUGCAUGUUUUGACAAACGUUCACUUUUGUGUGCAGCGGUUCGGGAGUAGAAGAGUUCCAUUACACAAACAUAUGUCCUAACUUUUUCACAUGACUUUAAUCUAGCCUAAGAACUCCAAAUAAGUCAGUGGAGAUGGACUGUUUUGACUUCUGAGUUGAGCACUUAAUCCCCUGGCAAUGGUUGGUUGGCGAUAAGACUUCUUCUACUGUUGGUUGAAAGCAUCUUGGUCAAGUCUUCCCAAAAUGCCACAUUAGGACCAUGUUGUCCUCUUAAGUAUUUCAGAGUCCUGUCCUUUGAUGUUUUUAAAAAUAGAUAUUUUUUCCCCCAUCCUUCAGUUGUGAUUCUAAAGGAGCAAUACAAAAAAUAACGUGCUAGAAUGGGAAGAACACAUAAUUUACUAAAUUAAUUGGAAUGAGCACUUUUGUCAACUUUUCCCUCAAUUAUCCAUACUGCUUAUUCUGUUUGGGGCCUGUGUAAGUGCGCUAGCCUAUUGAGCAAAAGUAGGACUACAACCUGGACUGGUUGCCAGUGAUGUACAGUUUUGUAAUACUACGGGUUGCCACUACAUGCCUCACGUGGGGUUUUGUUAUCUAUACAACGGUGAGCUAAACUGAACUGAAACGAUGUGAUAGUUGUCUGUUUUAGUUGGUCAGCGAUGCAGUGCAGUGACACUUCACCCUGCUGAGAACCUUGCUGUCAGGGAACACUGGCUAGAGCGCUUGAGCUGAAAGUCUGGCCGCACUCCAGAUGAGGAAACUGAAAAUCACAGAUGUUGGAGCCGCCCAGUUCUGCAGUAUUAUGAAACUGUCUUAAACAAGAACUGGACGUGUAUACCAUGGUCAAUGAUGAACAAAUGAGAAUCUUAACUUGGAACAGAUGUCACUGCAUUUUUGCUGCCAAAAAAGCUUUUAGAUGUUUGAUGUUAUGAGUGGGCAUAUGCUUGUGGUUGAAACAUACUGGUUUAAAGGGGACCUGCCCUCCCCUCACUCUGCUUCGCUCUGCUCCGUUCACCGUGUUAGCAAGUAUGGCUCCCAAGUGAUGUUUGUUCGGCUGUGCCUAAAGACAUAAGCGUCAGGCAGAAGUGGUUGGAGUUGCUGAUUCCCGGCCAGCAAGAACUCAACUGUCAACGGCACUUCACACGGGACUGUUUUGUGAACAUGGGCCAAUACGAAGCCGGAUUAUCCACCAAACUGUUGAAGUGCGAAGCCUUUUCAACGUUACUUGGUCGUGUUGAAGAGUCAGAAGAGCAAGCUGGGUUUUGCAGCGCCAGUACAGUUUCUCUCCCGGAAAGCCUGCUCUUUGUGUCUACCCUGGAUGGAAACCUGCAUGCUGUGAGCAAGAAAUCUGGUGCAAUCAAAUGGACGCUGAAAGAAGAUCCAGUUCUUCAAGUCCCCAUGCACGUUGCAGAGCCAGCCUUUUUGCCCGACCCCAAUGAUGGCAGCCUGUAUUCCUUGGGUGGAAAGAACAACAAAGGCCUUACAAAAUUACCAUUUACUAUUCCGGAGCUGGUCCAAGCGUCUCCGUGCCGCAGCUCUGAUGGAAUCCUUUACAUGGGUAAAAAGCAGGAUCUGUGGCACGUGGUGGACCUGUUGACUGGCGAGAAGCAGCAGACACUGACGUCGUCCUUCGUUGACAUGCUGUGUCCUUCUUCAUCUCUGCUCUAUCUGGGCCGCACGGAAUAUACUAUCACUAUGUAUGACACCAAAAGCCGUGAAUUGCGCUGGAAUGCCACCUAUUCCGACUACGCCUCCACCCUUCCUGAUGAUGACACCAAAUACAAGGUGGCCCAUUUUGUGUCCAACGGUGACGGCCUGGUGGUGACGGUGGACAGCGAAUCUGGCGAUGUCCAGUGGGUGCAGAAUUAUAACUCGCCAGUGGUGGCUAUGUACAUCUGGCAGCAUGAGGGCCUCCGCAAGGUUCCCCACACUAAUGUUGCCGUGGAAACUUUGCGCUACCUCACGUUCAUGUCUGGGGAGGUGGGCCGCAUCACCCAGUGGAAGUACCCCUUUCCAAAGGAGAAGAAGCCAGAUAAAAAGUUAAUGGACACUUUGUAUGUGGGUAAAUAUUCCACCAGCUUGUAUGCGUCUCCCUCCCUGGUGCAUGAUGGAGUCACUGUGGUGCCUCGAGGCAGCACCUUCCCCAUGCUGGAGGGUCCAGACAGCCAGGAGACGGACGAGGACAAAGAGUGCGUUAUCACGCCGAGCACCAGCGUCAAGUUCAACGCAGCGCUCCGUGAGAGACACCGCAUCAACUUCAUGCGCAACUACCUGCUGCUCAUUGGCCACCAUGAGACCCCCCCUGAAGCUCACAACAAGAUCCUGGAAAAGUUCCCCGACAGCUUUCCUCGCAAUCAAGGCAACGUCAUUCCACCUACCAACAACAAGAAAGGAGAGGAGAAGGUGAACAAUGUUGUCAUAGAUGACGCCCCACCUUCGACUCCCUUGCCCGACACAUCAAUCCAAGAGCCCGGGAUCAGUGGCCGUACUGUCCGUCUGGAGGCCUCUGUGGACUCCAUGCUGAAAGACAUGGCCACCAUCAUCUUCUCCACUUUCCUCCUGGCUGGCUGGGUGGCCUUUGUGAUCACUUACCCCAAGAGUGUCCACAAGCAGCAGCAGCUUCAGCACCAGGAGUUCCAGAGACAGAUGGAGGAGAGGUUGGAUAUGCUACAGAGGCAGCAGCCUUUCCCCGCCGCAGACAUGGGGCUUGCUUUGGCCCCAGACGGCGACUACCUGGAAGUGGCUCAACCUCGCUCUGAAUGCUCAGACCACAGCAGUCCAAACGUCACCCCGCGUGCCUCAAACCACUCCAAUCUCUCCGUUUCUGAGCUGGGCAGCUCUGCCAAUGAGCAUGAAGACGGAGAGGAUGACUCCAACAUUGUCAGAGUGGGCAACAUAACAUUCCAUCCCAAACAAGUGUUGGGUCAUGGUGCUGAAGGUACCAUCGUGUACAAGGGUCAGUUUGACAACCGCCCGGUGGCAGUAAAAAGAAUUCUUCCAGAGUGCUUCAGCUUUGCAGAUCGUGAAGUUCAGCUUCUGAGGGAGUCGGACGAGCACCCAAAUGUCAUUCGAUACUUCUGCACCGAGAGGGACCGUCAGUUCCAGUACAUUGCCAUCGAGCUGUGUGCUGCUUCACUUCAGGAGUAUGUAGAGAUGAAGAAUUUUGACCGUCACGGACUUGAGCCUGUUAUGCUGCUGCAGCAAACCAUGUCAGGACUUGCCCAUCUGCACUCCCUCAACAUAGUCCACAGAGACCUGAAACACCACAACAUCCUGGUGUCCAUGCCCAACGCCCACGGCCGAGUACGGGCUAUGAUCUCUGACUUUGGCCUGUGCAAGAAGUUAGCAGUGGGCCGUCAUAGUUUCAGUAGACGGUCUGGUGUGCCGGGGACAGAGGGCUGGAUCGCUCCUGAAGUGCUCAGUGAGGACUGCAAAUACAACCCAACCUGUGCUGUAGAUAUCUUUUCCGCCGGGUGUGUUUUUUACUACGUGGUGUCCCAGGGUAGCCAUCCUUUUGGCAAAUCCCUGCAGAGACAAGCCAACAUACUUCUGGGAACAUACAGCCUGGACCAUCUGCAGACAGACAAACACAGUGACAUUGUAGCCAGGGAGCUAAUAGAGCAGAUGAUGAGCAUGGAGCCUCAUCGGAGGCCUUCAGCAGAGUGUGUUCUCAAACACCCUUUUUUCUGGAGCCUGGAGAAGGAACUGCAGUUCUUUCAGGAUGUGAGUGACAGAAUAGAGAGGGAACCGCCGGAUGGACCAAUUGUGAGACAGCUGGAGCGAGGAGGCCGGGCUGUAGUCAAGGGUGACUGGAGAGAGCAUAUCACAGUGCCACUGCAGACAGAUCUGAGAAAAUUCCGUUCCUACAAAGGUGGCUCAGUCAGAGACCUUCUUCGUGCAAUGAGAAACAAGAAACAUCAUUACCGGGAGUUGCCCACAGAAGUCCAGGAGACUCUAGGCUCCAUCCCAGAUGACUUUGUCUCCUACUUCACCUCCCGCUUCCCCCACCUGCUCAUGCACACAUACCUAGCCAUGCGGACCUGCGCAUCUGAGAGGCCUUUCCUGCCUUACUAUUCCAAAAAGGCCAAACUGGAGGCGCCACAAACACAAACUGAACAACAAACAAACACAACCCAACACAAAGGGUCCACGCAGACAUCACAGCACGUGCAAGGGGGUCAAAGUUCAGGCGAAUGUGAAGCCUCUUCAUCAUUACCGCACAGCCCUUCUUCUUCUCAAUCGCCAGUUGAGACCCAGUCAGACCUGCAGUGUCACACACUGGCCUCAGAACCCCCAACACGUGAUCUCAGGCAAACUGGGGCCAUUCAGCCAGACACUUUGGGCAAUGGAGCAGUGUGAUUACUUGAAGAACUUGUGGGACCAGUUGCUGCGUGUGUGCUGGUGAGGACCAGGCCUGCAGUGCCUGGGAUGCGCUCGCCCAGAGCAGCUGUUGCAUCCUUAUUGAAGUGCCUUCUGAGUUAAAUGCAAAGAACCGUCCACAAGUCUUGACAACCAAAAAGGGCUGUCGGGUUUUGUGUUGUAGCUGAACUGAGCAAGAAGGUUGUUUUUUUUUGUCCAAAAAGUGUAUUUGUCCAAAAAAUUAUCUGGCCUUCUAUUGUGGGAAUUGUGUAACGUGGGUAGUUUUAUUGUGCAAUGUUGUAUUUUUCAGUGAGUUUGUUCACUGCACAAAUACUGUAUGAAUAUUUUUUUACAGACCGAUUCAGAAUUUGGAUCGUCAAUGUGGCAGAUGUGCCUUUUUUUUAUUAAAUAACACAUGAAAGAACUCAGAUCUAAUUGAUGCUAAAUCUGCUUGUUACUGCUGCUAAGUGCUUCUCUUUGUCAAUCAAGACUUGUGUACAUAUGUGCUACAAGUGGACUGUCUCCUGAGGCUUUUUUCAGGAUAUGAACACUGCAGAUAAUUUUAUUAAUGUUAUGUGGUUAUCUUUUUACCCCCAAUAUGACUUCAGAGGUUAGUCUGUAGAGUGCUCAUGCGUGUCAAAGUGAAGUGAAUGACUUGCACAUUAAAUUCUAUUUUGU